AUGACGGGUAAAUGUGAGCAUUCUCUGUAUGGUCACAUGCACUCCAUCAAUGAUGCCACCUUCACAUCUAGGGGUCACAUAAUAGCAUCCUGUGAUGCCCGUGGAGUUACAAAGCUGUGGGACUUCCGGAAACUCAUUCCAAUUGUGUCCAUUGAUGUGGGUCCAAGUCCUGGCAAUGAGGUGAACUUUGACUCAACAGGUCGAGUUUUAGCUCAGGCGAGCGCCAACGGGGUAAUCCAUUUGCUGGAUCUUAAAUCUGGGCAAAUUCACAAACUGGUGGGCCACGAGAGUGAAGUGCACACUGUGGUGUUUUCCCACGAUGGGAACAACCUGUACUCUGGAGGUUCUGACGGCACCAUUCGAUUGUGGUUCUGAUCCGCAAGAGCACACCCUGCUGCAGAGGGCAUUCCCUCGAGGCUUAAAAAUGUUUCACAUAGUCCGCUCCCAACC